AUGAUAAAUCCAAGGAAGGCGACGGGCCCAGAUGGUGUCCUGGGAUGGGUUCUCCGGGCCUGUGCAAGCAAGCUAACUGGAGUGUUAGCUGACAUCUUCAACUGCUCCCUGCUUCAGUCCCUGCUCCCCUCGUGUUUUAGGAAGGCAACUAUAAUCCCAGUGCUGAAGAAGAGAGAGAGGCCAUUUACCUGUUCCCUGUGUGGGAAGAAGUUCACAGAGGCGUCCAAGCUCCACGCACACCAGCGAGUUCACACAGAGGAGAGACCAUUCCAGUGUGCUGAGUGCGAUAAGAAGUACAAAAGUAAAAACGACCUCCUCACACAUCAACGCACUCACACUGGUGAGAGGCCCUUCCCCUGCUCUGUAUGUGGGAAGAGAUUUUCUUGGUCAUCUAACUUGCUGCGACAUCAACUUGUUCAUGCUGAUGACAGACCUUUUAAAUGCUCUGUCUGCGAGAAGGGCUUUAAAACUGCAAAGGAUUGUCUGACACACCAACUUGUUCACACUGACAAGAGACCAUUUAAGUGCACUCUGUGUGAGAAGAGCUUUAAAAGCACACAGGAUCUGUUGACACACCAACGCACUCACACUGGAGAGAAGCCAUUCACCUGCUCUGUGUGUGGCAAGAGAUUUACCCGGUCAUCUGACCAGCUUAAACAUGAACGAGUUCACUUGUGA